UGGAGCUGCUAAAUGUGUCACUGGGGCAAAAGAGCUCACCUGACAUUUUUGGACAAUUUCAGCUGGAGAGGACUAGCUUCUAGUAUUUCAUGCUUAAGAGGGGAAAAAAAGGAGCGAACUCUUUGGUUAAGGAGUUGCUAAAAGAAAAAUGUGAGCCAAAUAAAGAACCUGUGAAGUAAUUUGGAAAGAGAACAGAAUUCAUCCUGCUGGUGGAAAAGAACUCAUAACUAUACAUCGAAUGCAUGUGCAAGUACAGGUGAAGGACCCAAACUGAAAGGGAGUGAAUGGGACUUUUCUGAAAAAAGGAUAAAGAGGCAAAGGGCCAAAUGGGAGUAAAGGGGCGUUUCAGGAAAAAGAGAGAAGCAUUGAAAGGCCUGGUCCCAAGAAAGGGGAGGCUCUAAAGGGGGCUGCCUGGCAGAGAAGUCGUCUCUCUUCUCAGCUCAGCCUUGCAAAAGACACUGGGUCUGCCAAGACCAAGGCAUCUACCAUGGAUCUUUGGUGCUUCCAGGGGAACAUUCCGUUGGCUUACAAUUGCUCCUUGAGCAACACCACCCUGGAAAACCAGACCUCACAAACCAACCAAACUUCCUUUGUGAAGCGGAAUGAGGACAUUGCCAAGAUAGAGGUGGCGGUGCUCUGCCUCAUCUUUUUCCUUGCCCUGAUGGGAAACUUAUGUGUCCUGCUGGCUAUCUCUACAACCCGUCACAAACAUUCCCGCAUGUACUUCUUUAUGAAGCAUCUGAGCAUCGCUGACUUGGUGGUGGCGAUCUUCCAGGUCUUACCUCAGCUCAUUUGGGACAUCACCUUCAAGUUCAAAGGGCCAGAUUAUCUCUGUAGGUUGAUCAAAUAUCUGCAAGUGGUGGGAAUGUUUGCUUCCACUUACAUGCUCUUGCUGAUGUCGCUGGAUCGGUGUUUGGCCAUCUGUCAGCCCUUGAGGUCUUUACAUCGGAGGUCUGAUCGGUUGUCUGUCCUCCUCACAUGGGUAGUGUGCCUCCUGUUCAGCAUCCCGCAGCUCCAGAUAUUUUCUAUGAGGAAUGUGGAUCAUGGGGGGAUGGAUUGCUGGGCAACAUUCAUUCAGCCUUGGGGUCCUAAAGCCUAUGUCACCUGGAUGACCUUGACUGUCUACAUCAUCCCAGUGAUUGUGCUAAGUGUCUGUUAUGGCUUGAUCAGCUUCAAAAUCUGGCAAAAUGUGAAGCUAAAAACCAUCCAUGAAACAAGCAUGAGUCUAACCUCUAGUAAUUCCCAUGGAGGCACACUUUCCAGGGUGAGCAGUAUCAAACUCAUUUCCAAAGCCAAGAUCCGGACAGUCAAAAUGACCUUCAUUAUUGUCUUAGCCUUCAUUAUGUGCUGGACUCCUUUUUUUAUUGUGCAGAUGUGGCUUGUAUGGGAUGAAAAUGCUCCAAAAGAAGCAUUGCCGUUCAUAAUCACCACGCUCCUAGCAAGUCUGAACAGCUGUUGCAACCCCUGGAUCUACAUGCUUUUCACAGGCCAUCUUUUCCAUGACCUCUUGCACCGGUUCCUUUGUUGUUCAUCACAGUACUUAAAAGCUCGGCAAGGAUGUGAUCUGAGCAUCAGCAAGAAAAGCAACUCAUCCACAUUUGUUCUGAGUCUCAAAAGCUCCAGUCAAAGGAGUUUUACCCAGCCAUCCACAGCAUGAGCUACAGAGAUCCAGCUGUCUACAGACUGUACUAAAAUGUUUGGCUAGAAUGGCUUUGGUGUAUGCCUACUUAAGAAAAUGAGGCAAAGCUAUAUGGGUGCAUGUGAGUCUGGGUGUAAAUACAUAAUAUACUGUAUGUGUAAAAAUGAGUAUAUGUACAUGUGCAGGGUAUUUGUUUAUUGAUACACAAGGUAAUAGAAAGCUGGCUAUAGUCUAAGUCAGGAUAAGUAAUUUGGAGCCUUCAAGAUGUUUGAAGUUUUACUCCUGUCUGGCCCAGGCAGACAAAUUAGUAAUUCAAAAUAUUUGGAGAGCACUAGGUUUUCUACCUUUGAACUAAAUAAUAGUUCCCAUGCAAAACAUCCAAGGUUCUACCAUUAUGUUUAUUAAGGUGAUGGGUUCCACAGUUGAACAAAACUUACAAACUGAGCAACAGACUACACUUGCAAAGGACAGGAAUAAGAAGAAAAGACUGUCUUCUAUUGUAAAGGCAGUAGAGCACACAUCAGAUCAAUAUGGUGGAGCCUUCUUAGCCAAGCUACACAUGGAGCAGAAUAACACUGUCAGUUUUCCUUGGACUCCCUGUUCAAACCACAAGGAGCAAUUCAACUCUUUAAACACCCCAUCAUUACAUGAACUUGCAGUUAUGUUAUGACUAGUCAUAGAGAAAGAUUAGGGGAGCCCAACAUAAUACCAGAAACUGUAUUUGAGGAGGAAGCAAUAACCCCUGAAACUAAAAUGGACUUUUAUAGAUACUCCUUUUUUUUUCUAGUGGCAUCAUUCAAAAUUUUCACCAACAUUCCGUUGUGAAAUGUCAGCUCCUCAAGGCUGUCGGUAUAACUUGUGUGUCACUCUGUUGGCAAAUAUAACACAGCAAAGUUUAUAGAGAAUGUAGACGGCGCCUUUGUGAGAAGAACACCAGCUAAUCCACCGUUUCUGAGC